AUGCCGUUCAGAACCAAAACACUCCAAUUAGGUUUUUUCGGUUUAGGAUUUAGUGAUAUGUUUUUAAAACUGUCUUCUAGAGACAGAUUGCUGAAUUUAUCUACUGUUGAAUCCGAGAAAGGGAUGCCCACUAUAACUGGAAAAUCAAGAAGUGAAUCAAAGGACAAGGAAAAGAAGCAUAAAAGGCACAAGGACAAAGACCGAGACAAGGACAAAGAGCAUAAAAAACAUAAACAUCGGUAUAAAGAUCGAAGUAAAGAUAAAGACAAAGAAAAAAAGAAGGAUAAAAGCAGUCAUCAUGACAAGAAAAGGAAGCAUGAUGGAAACGAAGAUGUCAGUGACACUCACAAGCAGAAGAAAAGUAAGCAUAAGAACUCAAAGAUUGAUAAGAUAGGAGCGUUUAAAAUAGCAGCUUGA